UGUCUGCCGGCCAGAGGUUUGGUCAACACGGGGUCGGAGUACGCGCUGACCACCGGAUGGGGUAAUAAAGGUGGGGGCCGUCUGUCGCCCAGAAUUCGCCAAAUGGGUUGGGUUCGCAUUGUGGCCACCGAUCCAAACCUAUGGCCCACUAAUCAAACGCAAGUUAUAUACGGCCACAUCACGCCACUCACCGUCGGUACGGCCAUCUGUGACGGCGAUUCUGGCGGUCCGUUAGUGCAGUACGUGUCGGGUCGAGCGGUACUGAUCGGUGUGGCCAUGGGAUGGUAUAAUUUUAACAAGUCACUUUAUUUUAGCGAUUGUGCCGCUAAUUAUCCACAUUCUGUGAUGGGUUGGACCCGAGUCUCCAGAUAUAUCGAUUGGAUUAUUGGUGUCAUUAAUAAUGACACAUAUUCUGGACGUUAG